AAAUUAAAGAGAGGAGAGAACAGACUAUUAGCAGUAAAACCAAAACAAAGAAAAAGGAGUAGAAAGAUAGGAUUAAAGAAUCAUCGUAAAGAACGUUUGGUUUGCCUCGAAUUGCAAGUUUUGAAACCGAACAAAGUUUGGCAAACACGUGGUUGUGCAAUGCUAUUUGUCCGAUUCUCCAUCCCCUAACCCCAACCCCACCUCCCUCCCCCAUUAUGUCCCCAUUUCCUCUACUCAUCACUUUAUACUCUGUUUGAGUCAAAGAAAGAGUAGACAUGACACAUAGUGGAGUCCUGCAGCCUUCACUCUAGCCAUAUUCACACUUUCCAAAAGGGGUUGGAGGGUUCUUGACUUUUCAUAACAAGUAAAAAAGAAGGCAUCUUUAUUUUGUUUUGUUUUGUUUUCUUUUGUUGUUGGGGUUCUACUUGGAGAUUGAAUUAAAAUUAGUUGGGUAAGUGGUUAAUUUAGGUGGGAUUGUGAGAUGGGAAAGAAAAGGUCUUUGCCUGAUUGGCUUCCUGCUGGAUGGAAGGUGGAAUUCAGAAAAGGAAAGAAAGAGAAGUGGUAUAGCGAUCCCUCAAAAGGACUCAAAUUCUGCUCUAAGGCGGACGUUCUUCACUAUCUCAGCAGUGUUGGCAGUAACUGUUUUAAGAGUUCUAGUACGAAGGAGAUAGAGAAGAAAGACACUGGAAAGGUUGUAACUGAGAAGGCUACAUCAGAAGGGUUACCACCAGGAUGGAUUAAGGAAGUGAGGGUCAGGAGAAAGGGGCACAAAAUCAAGAAAGAUCCGUAUUAUACUGACCCUGUCAGUGGACACACUUUCCGCUCUAUGAAGGAAGUUUCUCGGUUCCUUGAAACUAGAGAGUCAGGAAGAUUUGAAUCCAAGUCCAGGGAUCAGUGUCCUGGCACUUCAGAACUGGGAGAACCUUUUUCAACUUUGACUGCUGAAGCUGACAAGCAUACAUCGCUAGACAGCGAUGCAUCUGGCAAGGAAGUUAAUUCGAAUCAGAAGCUGAAGUUGGGUGCUGAACAUAUGGGGCAUUCCAGUUGUGUAGUAGGCAGUAUAUCAUCCUUUGAAGGUUUAGGAGGUGGUGUACCAGAGAACGCGGAUGAGGAGGAUGAUGGUAAAGUUGUUUCAGAUCCCGUAAGUGGACAAGAACAAGAAAAGGAGAAUGAUGGUAAAUUUGUUUCAAAUCCUGUAAGUGGAGAAAAUCAAGAAAAGCCAUCACGAGAUGUUGUGGAAAAGCAUGACCAGAAAACAAUCCCGCGUAAACGAAAAAAGGGUAUGAACUUGCCUCGCAGAAAAUCAAAACGGCUUGCUGGUAUUAAAGCUGAUACAUCUCUUCAGCUCCGAACAAAUAAUCAAGCCCAUCUAGCUACAGUAAGACAGGAGGAGGAGACACAAGCUGCCAUCACUGAUAACCCUGUGAAUUUUAUUGAUACCAGUAAGCAUGUUGCAACGGCAUUAACCGGUAUUACCAUCAAUAAGAAGAUAGAAAUUGGGAGUGUGACCAGCAAAGGGCAACAAGACAUUGUUACUUUACCACUAAAGGAGCGAGAACUACCUUCUCCAGCCGAACCUGCAAAAACUAACCUUGGUAGCUGCAAAGGUGAUAAGAAAGGUGAAACAGCUCUCGAGUCAUCUUUAAGUGACAUUUGGACGGAUCCAUGCAUAGAAUUUGCAAUAAAAACUCUAACUGGCACAAUUCCGGUCAUAAAUGAAAAGAAAGUGGAUAAGAUCCCAGGUUCUAGUCCGAGCAUGUCUUCUGUUAAUACUCCUUGCACUGUGGGUUUACCUUCUGAUGAAAUAUGGGCAGAUCCUUGCUUCAUGUUCGCGGUCAAGACUCUUACUGGUGAAAUACCAAUAGGGGACGAAUUAUGCUCUCAGAAGAUAGUACAGCAGCAAUUCACUUCAUCACAGUUCCAAGGAAAUAAUGGCUUAGUAUUACCAAACAUUAGAUUUGAAGAGUUUGGCAAGGCCAAUCUUUCACAUAUGGGGGCACCUGAAAAGGCUUUGUACAAGCAACAGCCUGCAGUAGCAGCCCCCAACGCAUAUCAAAAUUGUUGGUUUACAAAAUUUGGUCCUCGUCGGCCUUCACCACUUUGCUGAAAUAGACUAUUAUAGAUUGUAACUUUAGGAAGUUCAACCUAGCUUGUAGUAGUGUUGUAAUUUGUAACACAGUGCAUAAGUCUGUGAACUCAAAAUUUUAAGGCAGCUAGAGCUGCAGUAAAAACUAUGUAAAAAAAUUAUUCACGGCCGGAGUGCCUGUUUCCUGUGUAUUUUUCUUGAUUGGGAACACUUGUCGCUAGUUCGAGUA